AUGUGGAUCGGUGCCCAGGCUAAAAACCGUAGCUGCCUCUCCUAUGGAUCCGGCACUCUGAGGGAAGGCGAGGAGAUUCUCCAGGGCUUGAUUUUGGAAGAUGGCCAGAACGGAACGAUCCAGUGCCCUCACAACCAGUGCUGUUUUGGCGUUUGGAAGGUGAUCCAGGGUCAGCUUCAACCCCAGUUGAAAGGUUGCUGGAUUAGCGAAAAGGAGGCCACGUGCGACUCCCCAACUUGUGAGCCUCGAUCCUCUGAGGACAGGCUGACGUUGUCCUGCAGGUGCCAGGCGGAUCUGUGUAACGGCAACAUCAGUCAUGAUGGGAAGAGACAUGAGAUAGCCACGUUGUUUUCAAGAAGCAAGUACAUCCCUCUGGCCCCUACAGGCCUCAGUUCCACCUGCAAGGCGAUAGGCAAAACAGGAUCACAGGUUCUUCACGAGGGGCAGUUCUCUAAGGUAUGGCAGGGGACAUUCGGUCAGCAUCCUGUAGCCAUUAAGACCUUUCCUCAUUCUUGCUACCGGGAGUUUGCGUCUGAGUGGGCUGUGCACAGCCUUCCACUGAUGAGCCAUGACAAUGUGGUACAGCUUGUGGCUGCUGGGUGCGGAGGGCCAGACAAAGAACAAGGUGGUCUCCUCCUGGUGCUGACCCUGUACCCAUUGGGGUCCUUGCGGCAUUUCCUCAUUCAGCAUGUUUGCUCCUGGGAUGUUGCUAUCCGGCUAGGAUCAUCCCUCGCCAAAGGCCUUGCUUUCUUACAUGGGGAGCAGUGGAAGGAAGGUCUGCACAAACCCGGGGUUGCACACCGAGACCUGAGCAGCCAGAAUGUGCUGGUUCAGGAGGACAGGACUUGUGUCAUCAGUGAUUUUGGCCUUGCCAUGACUUUGCCUAUGGGCCACGAGGGAUGGAGAGGGCCCCCCGCAGAAGGCGUCGUCCGCAAGGCCGGGGCCCCACGCUACACUGCUCCCGAGAUUCUGGAUGAGAGCUUGAAUCUGCAGGACUUGGGCUCAGCACUGAAGCAGGCUGAUGUCUACUCCAUGGCCCUGGUGCUGUGGGAAACCCUGACGAGAUGCUCCAUCCUCUUCCCAGAAAGUGGCACCCCUGAUUUCCAGCUAGCCUAUGACGCAGAGUUGGGCAGCAGCCCUACGUACAGCGAACUGAGGAGGCUGGCUGCUGAGGAAAGAGGAAGGCCGGCUAUUCCACCUGCUUGGAGAAGAAUGGGACAGGUUUCUGUCGACCUUCAAGAGCUUCUGGAGGACUGCUGGGACCCAGAUCCAGAAGCUCGCUUGCAAGCUGAUUGUGCCCAACAGAGGCUGGAGAGGCUGGGUGCUGCAGAUGUGGCGAAAGAGUGCUGUUGA